GAAAGAGGAGGAAAAACUCAGCAGCAGCGCGGUUUCAUCUGAGCCACGCUCUCGCUGCAGUUGUUAAUAAGGAAGCAGCGCACAUGGACUCCGAAAGGAUCAUCCGGCUGAUGCAAUAAAACUUCAGGGCAUCUCGGAGAAGCUCCACUCUCCACAUUAGCAGACUUUGAAGUUGCGGAGUGUGGUGUAAAUUGUCAAGAAACCUAAGCAUCGAGGUAUUUUUGUGUCCCUUUGGCGCUAACAGAGAUGAUUCUGGCUAAAUUACAAGGCAUUGGGAAGCAGCUCCUGAGGGUGAAGGUUGUGGACUGCAGCUUAGACGAAACCCGGCUGGCCCGAUGCCUCAGGACCUUUGACCUGGUGGCCCUGGGCGUUGGGAGCACAUUGGGUGCCGGUGUUUAUGUGCUCGCUGGUGCCGUAACUCGUGAAACCGCUGGACCUGGCAUCGUCCUCUCAUUUCUCAUUGCUGCGCUAGCUUCCGUGCUAGCCGGUCUGUGCUACGCUGAGUUUGGAGCCCGUGUCCCGAAAACCGGCUCAGCUUACCUCUACUGCUAUGUGACGGUGGGAGAACUGGGGGCUUUUAUUACGGGCUGGAACCUCAUUCUUUCCUAUGUCAUUGGAACUUCAAGUGUGGCGAGGGCUUGGAGCGCCGCCUUUGAUGAGCUCACCGGAAAGCACAUUGAGCAAUUUUGCAAACAACACAUGAAAAUUAAUGUACAGUGGCUGGCAGAGUAUCCGGACAUAUUUGCUGUCUUCAUCAUUCUCUCUCUGACAGCGUUGCUUGCUUUUGGAGUCAAAGAAUCGGCCAUGGUGAAUAAAGUAUUCACUUGCGUCAAUGUGCUUGUCCUGCUGUUUGUGAUCAUCUCUGGACUGGUUAAAGGAGACCUAAAAAACUGGAAACUGAACCCUGAAGAGAUCCUCAACGCCACUGGAAAUGCCACCAAUAAUACUUCAUUUCCCCACCCUGAAACUCUUGGUGCAGGCGGCUUCAUGCCGUUCGGGUGGACUGGGAUCCUCUCUGGUGCAGCCACCUGUUUUUAUGCCUUUGUGGGGUUUGACUGCAUUGCCACUACAGGAGAGGAAGUGAAGAACCCCCAGAGGGCCAUUCCCAUCGGCAUUGUGGCCUCUCUCCUCAUCUGUUUCGUGGCUUACUUCGGCGUUUCGGCGGCUCUCACUGUUAUGAUGCCGUACUACAUGCUGGACAAGAACAGCCCUCUUCCAGUGGCCUUUCAGUAUGUAGGCUGGGAGGGAGCCACUUAUGCAGUAGCCAUUGGCUCUUUAUGUGCUCUGUCGACCAGCUUGCUGGGCUCCAUGUUCCCAAUGCCAAGAGUGAUCUGGGCCAUGGCGGAGGAUGGCCUGCUCUUCAAAUGUUUGGCUAAAAUCAGCUCGCGAACCAAAACCCCGCUAACAGCUACAGUAACCUCCGGCAUGGUCGCAGCUGUGAUGGCUUUCCUGUUUGAGCUAAAGGACCUGGUGGAUCUCAUGUCUAUUGGCACUUUACUGGCCUAUACUCUGGUUGCUGCCUGUGUUUUGGUACUCAGGUACCAGCCUGAGCAGCCGAGUACGGCCUAUGAGAUGGCCAACACCCAGGAGGAGCCGGAGUCUUGCAGCGAAGGGAACUCUGACGUCUUUCCUCAACCAGAAGAUACGAUCAGCAUCAAGAAUCUCCUGUCCCCCUCCAACCCCGAACCCUCUCCUCUGUCUGGUCGUACCGUCAAAAUCUGCACCAGCAUAAUUGGUGUAAUGGUGUGUGUUUUCAGUGCUGUUGCUGCUCAACAAACUCUGGCCCCCUGGGCUGUGGCUCUGAUGAGUGUUAGCAUGGCGGUUUGUGUGCUUCUCACCUUUGUUAUAUACAGGCAGCCUCAGAGCAAAGCCAAGCUGGCUUUUAAGGUUCCCUUGGUGCCCUUCGUUCCCAUCACCAGCAUGUUUGUCAAUGUCUACCUGAUGAUGCAGCUCAACAAAGGAACCUGGGUGCGCUUUAGCAUUUGGAUGCUGAUAGGUAUCUUUAUCUACUUCGUCUAUGGCUUUCGGAACAGCGCAGAGGCGACCAGGUCUGAUGCCUGCUCAAUAAAAGGAGAGCCAAUGACUAGAGAAAAGGAGGCCUUGAACACACCAAACUGCACUCGAGACGGUGACGACUGAUGAGGAAAUGAGCGCUUGCACACUUUGAGAUUUUCUGAAACGGCUGCACAGAAAACACUGCAGAUCCGUGCAUGCAUGCAUCUUUGAAUGUCUGUUUUUAAAGUUGGCUAUCUCCAAAUUGACGACAUGCCAAAACAACAAACACAUUUUCAGUGAUAUAUUUGUUGUGCAGAUUUAGCUGUGGCUCACAGACUCGGAGCCUAAUGUUUUAAUAUCUGUUGUUUACUGUGAAUUACAGAGAUUAUUAAUAGAGCUGACAGUUACCCACUCAGUUUUCUGCCGGACCACCUAACUCAUAUGUUAAGUGUUGGGUGCAUUGAAAAAAAUGUACUUAUGUUACUGAAAAAAUAGUUGCUUUAUGCAUUAAUUUUACAUCUCAAGGAAAUGCAUUAUGCUGCCUUCGAUUUGCUGCUCAAAUUAGAGCAAUAUUUGACGCAUUGCUCUAAUCGCAAAUUAGAGCAAUGCGUCAACGUAUUGCAAAUUAGCCGAUCAAUGACACAAGUUUGUUGGGUGUAAAGAUGAGUGUUGUUUUCAUGAGGGGAAAUUGCACGUUUUAUCUGAAACCUGCAAAGCUGCUAAUACGGAGUUUUUAUCAGAUACUUGAGAUGGUGCCUUUUUCCCAAAGAAAUGUCACAACUUCAAAGGUGAGAUCCUUUAAACAUUUGAUACUUGUUAUGAGAUGAAAAUGCAGUUAGUUAUCUGUGUAUAAAGUAUUCUCUGGAGUAUGAAAAUCCAGUUUUAAGGAAUAUGGAGAAUUUUAUUUUUGGACCAUUUUUACAUUUUUGUGCAUAUGCAUGUAAACAGGAAGAACAGUUUUAACAUUGUGGUCAAGUUUUGUUUGAGUGGCCAAAACUAGCUUAAUUUCCUCUUCUCAAGCUCACUGUGGCAGCUGCAGCAGGUGUCUUUUUAAAGAAUUUUCUUCCCAAGUGCAGCUCCGAGCCAUUCAAGCCAUUUGCCCAGAAAUCAGUGCUGAACGUAUGCUUCAAAAUUCAGUAGCUUUAAAGUUGCUCAUUAUGUUUCAUCAGUAAUGCGUGGUUAGCAUUACCACUGUCACUGUGUUGCAUUUAAGUCACUCACCAGUGAUAUUCCAGACGUUGUAUUACCUUUUCUUCACAAGAGCAGCAACUAUUUUGACCUUUCAAGUAGUUUGAAGGUCACUCUUACAUGUCUAAAGAUACGUUUUACAGUCACAAUCUUUAGUAAACUUGCAUAUUUCUCCUGUUAACUCUGCUUUCAUGUGGAACAUGCUAGGCUAAUGCCAGCAUGUUGAUUGAGUUUUGAUGUGACUUGAUAAUUUGGGAAAAUAUCUGAUCGAUUUUUAGAAGAAUCUUGCAUUCAAAUGUUUAUUCUCCUAUUUUAUAAACUUAGAACUCUGCUUUGAUUAUCAUCAAAUUGAUUGAUCUGUGUUUCAACUGGAUUCUUGUCUCCCCCCAUCAACAGCUGUCUGUUGUACAGCAUACAGAACUGGUGAUAUGAUAAAGACAGACUCAAAGCUACAACAGCCAAAAGAGUCUCUUUCUUUUGUGGUGGCCUUCAUCGCAAAUUAUUUUAAACACUUUUUAUUGUUUGUGAUUAUUCUGAUUGUUAGAUCAACAAAAUAAUCUGGAAAAGUUUUGCAACUUCAUCUCCUCUGCUUUUAAAAAACUCAGUUUGCUUUGAGGUUGGCUAACGUAAAAUCACCGCCUGUACACAAUGGAUAUAAAGAGUGAAGCUUACCAAGAGAUGCCUACACCGAUCAUGUAUAAAAUGUCUUGCUCUGGACCCUCUUGAGAUGCUUGGGAUUGUACUAGGACAUGCCUAAUUAGGACGUACCCCAACCAGGACUAUGCUAUUUGUUAUACAAUUCACUGAUGAUGACAAUGAAAGUUACUGUGACUGUGUGAAGAUCCACGAGGCAGCUCAAACGUGAAUGUUACAUGUCAAAAUGGCAACUAGGUGAAAUGUGUGCAUUAGAAAAUUUCCAUUUUAAAUUUCUACCAUGGAUUUACCUAUAAACUUGAAUACGAUUUGCAUUCAUAUAGGGUUCUACUUAUCUUCCGUUAACUUGUCUGCUGGACUUGAAUUCAGUUCUGGUAAAUUUCUAUGGUUCCAUGCCAGGACACUGCUCUAUUUAUUAACAUGGUGUGUUGAUCUUUGUCACAGUGUCAGUGUGCUGGCUUUCAUGUAAGAUAACAAACAAUGUACAUAAAAUGUAACUCUGCUCAGAUUUUAUUGAACAGUCAGUGUGGUUGUGUUUCAUGUUUUAAUUCAUGUUGUAAAUACCAAUAACAAUGUAAGGGAAUUUGCCAAAUUUACUCAAACUUGGUUGGCUUGUAAAGGUUUUUUUUUUUUUCCACCUUCCAAAUGAAACAUUUACCAUGCAGACUAUGCUACAGUGUUCAAAUGCAAUGUGACAAAUUGGACAGUUUUCCGGGUGCUCGUUAAUAUUCAUUAACCUACUUUUUUUUUUUUUGCAGCAUUCUGGUAAAUAUCUACAGUCCAAAUUAGUAUUUGAGAUGCUGUUUUCUGUUUAUGGAUUUAUUUGGUUCUGUAAAUAAAUCAAGGUGAAUGUUUAAACCAAA